UGAUUUCAUACUUCUACUUCAACUAUAAUAUUGUUGACUUUCGUAAUUUUACCGUGUAUUUUUAAAACUAUAUAAUUUUUAUUGCUCGUGGAAUUUUAACAUGAUUGUUUUCUUUAUGAAUUUUUAUUACAAAUUGCCUUGAUGAUUUAUAUUGACUUGCACCUAUCUAUUAGGUAACCUUUUAGAAAGUUCUAGAUUUUUUACAAAUAUGGCCAGUACAUCUAAAACGUCUCUUAAAACUACAGCUUAUUUGAAAACAAUAAUUGGUAAUUCCGUUGGUGAAAUAUUCCCUUUGACAUCUGGUGAAAUAACAAUUGGAAGAAAUAGACAGUCUGCUCAAAUUUGUAUACGAGAUCCCAAUGUAUCUCGCAGUCAUUGUGUUCUGAAGUAUAGUGAAAAUGGCUGGUUUAUAAAAGAUUUGGAGAGUGUGAAUGGAACUUUUCUUGAUGGAAAGAUGUUAGAGACUCAAAAAUUUUAUCCCUUGAAAGAUGGUGCAGGAAUUUACCUCGGACCUCCAGGCGAAGCUCCUUCGGCUUUUAUUUUCCUAACUAAAAUGCCAAAUGAACAGUUUCAUGAAGCAAAUGUGAAAAGCUGCAGCCAAAAAAGUAGAAGAAGAAAUACUCAUAUUCCAGUUUUUGUAUCAAAUAAGAAUGGUAAUAAAAGUAUGAAGCGACCAUCUGAUUCGGAAUCUUCAAAUGUAAAUGGAGGUUUUUCACAAAGGAAGAGGAAAGCAGCUGCUUCCUCCUCUUCUGCUACUCCAACUGUGCAAGGUCGAGAUAUUUUAGAUGAAAUUGAGGAUGUUGAUAACUUAUCAGACUGUUCUAUAUCAAGUUUGGACAGUUUGAGGACCAGACUGCGAAAAAUGUCUGCUAGGAAAAAGAAUAAUAGGAACACAAGAAAAAGGGGCAUUAGAAAUGCUGCCUCUUCUUCUGCAUCACCACAUUUAAAGCCAUUAAGUAAUGCAAGUCUGGCAAGCCAACCUUCUACUUCAGCUACUCCUGUUGAAAUGCUGGAGAGUAAAACACAUAAAUCCCAAGAACCAUCUAUUUCCAAAGAAUUUGCACUAUUAAAUACAAUAUUUAAUGAAUCAGAAAGUUCUACUCUAGAAACUAUUAAAGGAGAAGAUUCUGAAAGUCUUUUAAAUGACAGUAAGAUGCUGAUUGAUUGUGAACCGUAUCCUUUCUCUCAGCAACUUCUUACAGACACUCCAAAGAAGGGGAGAAAUAAGUAUGAAAAAAAGGCACAACCUGAUAAAGAAAAUUCAUUGAAAGAACAACUUAAAAAAGCAACUUUAGAAUUGAAGAAACUUAAAGAUGAUAAAUUACAUUUGUCUCGUUUAGUGGAGGAAUUGAAAUCAGAAGAAUUUUUAAAAAACAGAAUCCAAGAUGAAUUUCAGAAAAUAUUAGAAGAUGAAUUAAUGUGUAAUAUUUGCACUGAAAUAUUUAUGAAGGCUGUCACUUUAGGCUGUUCACAUACUUUUUGUGAACAUUGUAUAUCUGAGUGGAAGAAAAAGCAAAAAAAGUGUCCCAUAUGUCGAGAAAAAAUUGCAUCAGAGACAAACAUUUUGGUAUUGGACAGUUUUAUAAAUAAAGCAGUUGAUCAUUUAGAUGCAGAAACUCAAAAAAGAAGGAAAGAACUUUUGGCCUCACGAGAAAAGGCAAAAGCUGCAAAACAGAAGAAGAAAAAUAAACGAACUCGAGGUCGAGGUCGUCGAAUUCGCAGUGACAGUUCUGAAGCAGAAGAAGUCAGGCAACUUCAUGGUGAAUCUUCUAAUAGCAUUGGUGUACAAAUCAGAUUUUCAGGAAAUAGUUCACCAUCUAUACAAGUUAUUCGAGAGGAUGAUAUAGUAGGUCGUAUUAGAAGUGACAUAUCAGAUCUUUCAGAUAUAAGUGAUAUUUCUAUUGAUGGAUUGGGUUUCUUUGGUGAAAAUGGCAGAUGUUACAACUGUGGAAGAAGAGGGCAUUGGGCAAAUGGAUGUCCAUUCUGAAUUGUUUUCCUCUGACAUGAUGUAUAUUUAUAUUCUAUAAAUCUUUUAGUACUUUUUCAUUUAUCACAUUUUAUUGCAUUCACAAUUUCAUUUUAGCUUUCUGUAAAGUAGCGAUGUAUUAUUUUAAAUAGCCAAAUUAAAAAAUGCUUUUUUUUUUUUU